GCAGGGGGCGGUGAGAGUGUGACGUCAUCCGAGCGCGACGCGUGUGAAGCGCUGAAGGACAGAGAGCGAGGAUUUGCAUCAAUGUUUCGAGUGAACGAACACAAACAUCGCGUGAGUUAGUGUGAUGAUGAGCGUCGGUCUGCUGUCAUGCGCACUGCGGGCUCUGUCUCUGCGCUCCUCUCAGAUCGCCGGUGUUUCCGCUGCUCUGACCGGAAGUCGCGGCUUCAUGACGAGCGCGUGUGACCGGCAGAACCGGAGCCUGUGGAAACAGCGGGACAAAUACACCGUGCGACCGAUCGGCGUGAAGAAGACCGGAGGACGAGACUACACCGGUAAGAUCAUCACUCACCGGAUCGGCGGAGGACACAAGCAGCGCUAUCGCAUGAUCGACUUCCAGCGCCUGCGUUAUGAAGCUGGUAAAGAGGAGCAGCCCAUCGAGGAGAAGGUCGUGGAGGUCAGAUACGACCCCUGCAGAUCCGCUGAUAUCGCUCUGGUGGCCGGCGGGAGCCGCAAGCGCUGGAUCAUCGCCACAGAGCACAUGGAGGCCGGAGAUCUGAUCCAGACGUCCGGCGCUAUCGGACGCAUUGCUGUUCUGGCCAGAGAGGGAGACUCGCAUCCGCUGGGGGCUCUUCCCGUCGGCACGCUGGUCAAUAAUCUGGAGCUGUUCCCCGGGAGAGGAGCGCAGUACAUCCGCGCCGCAGGAACGUGUGGAGUGCUGCUGCGUAAAGUCAACGGCACCGCCAUCGUCCAGCUCCCGUCCAAACAUCAGAUCCAGGUGUUGGGGGCGUGUAUGGUGACGGUCGGCCGGGUAUCAAACGUGGAGCACAACAAGCGUGUGAUCGGAAAGGCGGGCCGGAACCGCUGGCUGGGCAUCAGACCGAGCAGUGGCCUGUGGCAGAGGAAGGGCGGCUGGGCCGGACGCAAGAUCAGACCGCUGCCGCCCAUGAAGCGCUUCGUCAGCCUGCCGUCUGCAGCCAAAUCAUGAGCCCAGUCUGCCCAAGAAGUGCAUCAGUUACUCAGCCCCGUGUCAUCCAAGAUCUUCAUAUCUGUCUUUUUAUUUCGGAAGUGGACUUAUCCUUUAAUAUAACACCCAUCACUGCAAUAAAGCAGACUGUCAGCUGAA